AUGGGGUUCCCAAUGAUACAAGUAGUUAUGAUAGCAGCUCGUCAGAUAUCUAAACCCAUCGCUGACGCUGUUCUUAAAUAUGGAAAGAGUCAUCCAACCUUCAGAAACAAAAUUUUGAUACCAAUCGGUAGGGGAAUCGCCCGAUUCACAACCAGAUUGCGAAUGAAAAAUUUGGGAUUGGGAGCCCCCCUAGCCCCUGUUCAAAUAUCGGAAGCUGCGGCUCUAGAACAAGUUUGA